GCUCCCUCCCGCCCGGCCGGCCGGCGCGGGCUCGGCGCUGCGAGGAGGACGCGCCCACCGCCCGCCCGUUCCCCGCGCAGCACGGCCGGCGGCGGGCGCGCUCCGGGCCUGGGCGGAAGCGGCCGCGGACCCGGGACUCGGCGGGCGGGCGGCGGGCGGGGCGGGGGCUGCGCGCGCGAGAACAGCCCUCGAUCGCGGCCGCGGCUGCCGCCGCCCGGGGAGGCGCGAGGCCGGCCCGCCGCGCCCGGAACCGUGAGGAGAACCGGGAGGAGAUCCGUGAGGAGAAUUGUGAGGAGAACCGGGAGGAGAACCGGGAGGGAACCGGCAUGAAGCAGGCGGCGCGGCGGCCGUGAGCGCGCGGCGACCGGACCGUGAUUUGCGGGCCGCCGCUGUCUCGUCCCCGCCCGCCCGACCAACCGACCGGUCGCCCGAGACCCCCGUCGGCCCCCGCGCGGCGGGGACGCGGCCCCCAAGGACGUCCGCGAAGGCGAGGCGGCCGACAUGGCGCGCCCGCGGCCCCGCGAGUACAAGGCGGGCGACCUGGUGUUUGCCAAGAUGAAGGGCUACCCUCACUGGCCGGCGCGGAUCGAUGAACUCCCAGAGGGAGCAGUGAAACCUCCAGCCAACAAGUACCCCAUCUUCUUCUUUGGCACCCAUGAAACUGCAUUUCUUGGCCCCAAGGACCUCUUCCCAUACAAAGAAUACAAAGACAAGUUUGGAAAGUCCAACAAACGGAAAGGAUUUAAUGAAGGAUUGUGGGAAAUCGAGAAUAACCCCGGAGUCAAGUUCACUGGAUACCAGGCCAUUCAGCAGCAGAGCUCGUCAGAAACGGAGGGCGAAGGCGGCAACACGGCGGACGCCAGCAGCGAGGAGGAAGGGGACAGAGCGGAAGAGGACGGGAAAGGCCGGAGGAAGAACGAAAAGGCCGGCUCGAAGCGGAAAAGGGCCUACACCUCCAAGGUUACUGAGGCCGCUCCUGUGGUCACUCCCCUUCUAAAUCCUCCAAACAGUCCCGGAAGUCCCCGGGGGACGACGAUGACAAGGACUGCAAAGAAGAGGAGAACAAAAGCAGCUCGGAGGGCGGAGACGCCGGCAACGACACGAGAAACACGGCCUCAGACUUGCAGAAAACCAGCGAAGGGACCUAACCACCGUGGUGGGCGCUGCGUAUUUACAGAAACCCCUGGAAGCUUGAGCGCCUGGUUGUCCCACGUUCUCAGAUUUGCUACGAACCCACAUGGUCCUCGUCGUCAUUGACUGAACCCCGUUCGUAUGUCCUUGAUUCACAUUCCUCUCCGUUCGUGUUUAGAGAAAGGGAAAGAAAAAAAAAAAGGAGAGAGACAUUUUAGCCUUUUUUAAAGUUAUUGAUAUCAUUUCUUUAUUACUUGGUUGCAUGAAGUCGCCCUUUAACCACUGAGGAUGAUCGAGAUUUUUUGCACAAACGUAUGUAUACAUGUUCUAGGAUCCUUCUACCGAGGCAGCUCCCUGCCUUGCUCCGCCUCCUCCACACACUCGGUUCAAUAUCAAUGUGUUUUUUUGUGUGCGUGUUUUUUUUUUUAACGACCACUCAACAGGAUACGUGUCUCCUCUUCUGGGUGCCAGGCCCCGAGAAACAUUUUCUAGAUGCGUAACGCUGGCGUAGGAAGACGCAAUGCAAAGGGUUCUUCCCCCUUGAGGCCGGUGUCAAGUUUAACCACAUUGUGAGAUAUCGAUUCCGUGUUAGAAAUAGCCCGUCGACAGCUUCUGCGGGCUCACUGCUGUUAGGUACGCGCGCCCGGUCUCUGUACGUGAUGAGGUCAGCGCGUCUUUUUGUGUGAACGCCAACCAAUAGGCCACACGUUCCUUCCCCCGCUGCUGAGACCAUUCCAGCGAGCCACGCGAGGUGGGAACUUGACAUUUUAAAGCUGCACAUCAGACAGAGCAUCGACUUUUAAACACACACUUUUUUUAAAGAGCUUUUCUUUCGGGGCUAGGAUUAGGGUAGCCGCCCUCCACGCACACGCCCGCCGUUCUACGUGUACAUUCUCGUUGCCGUUGUGACCACAGAGAGUUUUAUUUAUUUUUUAUGCCAGCCUGUCUCGUGGGGACACGUUUAGUCCGUUUGGGUUGCCUCAAUCCCGUUCUGCUUGUCUUUGGAACAUAUUUCACGUACUCGAGGUUUGUAGUUGAAACGUUUACUGUAAAAAAAAAAAGGAGAA